CCAAACAAGACUAACACUUCUUCGAGGCCAUGUAGAAAUAAACACCGAACAUGUAUACGAUUUUGAAAACAAUAGCUUUGGACAAGAUUAGGUUUGAGUCGUUGACGGACAAGAGCAAGCUCGAUGAUUUGGUGAACAACCUUGGAACAAUUGCAAGGUCAGGAACCAAGGAACUCAUGGAGGCAUUGGCUACUGGAGCUGAUGUUAGCAUGAUUGGGAUGGAUUUCACAAGAUCCAUGAAUCAGUUUAUCUUGAAUGCGAUCCCAGAUUUAGUUGCGGCGGUGGCCUUGGACGUCGCGGUUAUGGUUUCCCAGUUCCGGCCGGUGGUAUUAACUAGCUGUGAUGAUCUCAAUUGUUUUCGAAUCGGCGUUUUGUCUUUGAAUUCGAAUUUGGGUAUAGCAUUGAUUCUUUAGGUUUUUGCACAAAACCCUUUUUUCUACUUAUUGUAACAUAGGAUUUUGAUGGUUUCAUCUGCAUAUUUUCAAUUUACUACUUUACCCACUUUCAUAUAUUACAAAUAGCAUACUCUCUAUUUUCUUAUCUCCAUUUCUUUAUAAGAGUGAUUUAUAUGUUUAAAUUUAAGAUAUAAAUACAACCCUUUCAU